UGGUGGUUGGUUCUUCCUUUGUUUCUCUCGUUUUCCCUCGUGUUUGUACUACAGCAUACCUGCACCACCCAAUGCCUCCUCCCCCACCACGUCCGCUCCUCCUGCACAGCGUUGCAUUGUGUAUGUACUACGAACAGACGGUGGCGAACGAGGGCCAGUCUUUGCCUGACGGUCAUGGGAGUUGGAUGUGUGCAGUUUUCGAUCGCCGUGGUACGUGCUCAAACAUUUGAAAUCGCCACACACACACACACACACACACAGAACAAGUACCCAAUUAUGUUUUGGAGUGGAUGACAUUUGAAGACGACGAGUAAAUCUCAAAAGGGAGACCUCCUUUGUCGUUUGCCCCCCAGUGAAAAUUUGUUGUUGAUCCGCCCUCUUUCGUUUUUUUUUUCAAUCGAUGGUGUGGAAUUCCUAUUCGUCUUGAAUGCAUCCAGACACGGAAAAAGGGCGAUAAAAUUCUCAUUGGGAUUCCAUGAGUCACAUCGCAUCAGAGUUUUGACUUGGAACAACAACAAAACAAAACAAAAAAAAAGAGCGGUAGCAAGAAGAAUGGACGGAUCAACUGCCAUCUGGCUGGGCCUGACGUUAGCCGCCCCGUUGACUCUGGUGCCUGAGAUCGCCCUGCUCCGCUUGAUGCAUUCCAGACGGGCCGCUUGGCAUCCGUUGGACGUGCUUUUAGUUGCCCUAUUGGUGGGCCAGCUGUGCUGUACUCUGGUGACCCUGGGUCUGAGUGCCACCGCCCUGGCUCAAACGGCCGGUCUCCUACCUGGCCACGGUACGCCCAGCAUGGUGGAAGGUGAAAGUACUAGUCCAUUUGUAGCUCUGGAACUGCUUCAUCAUCAUCGAACUCCGCUGUGUGCCGCCCUCAUCUCCUUCUGGGCUGCCGCCCACACCCUUCACGCCGCCACGCUGACGUCGAUGGCCGUCGAUCGGGCCAUGACCAUUCGAUGGUCGUACAAGUACCGAUUGAGCGUUCGACGCACCCAAAUUCGUUACCACGUCGUCGUCUUGGCGGUCGUCAGUUUGCUCGUUGGCGUUGCCACUCUGUUCGCCAGCGGAAUCGGAACUUCCUCCUCCGCGUCGUCGCUAUCGUUUUUAGCGACUCCGCGACCGUUACCAACGACGACCGUAGCAGCGGCGACAACGUUGCCACCUCCAUUGCUUAACGACACUAUGACCGACUCUGCUUUUAUUGCCGAGGCCGCCGUCAUGGCCAUGGAAGCCAAUUAUUGCUCAUUUUUGCCCUACACGUUCGAUUCGCGUUUCGCCCUGUUUUGGCUCUGCUUGCACGGCGUCCUCUUCUUGACGACGCUCACCGCUGGCGCCAUCGUCUUCGUCACCAGCGUCAUGCUUCGAUGCUCAAACGGAUUCUCUGGACGGCUAGGACUGGCCGGCGGUUCUGGUUCGGAUAUGCGCACGUUGGGCAACGCGUCCGACGGAUCGUCCGCUACUCUGCCACUUCCGACGACGACGUCUUCAUCGUCGUCUGCUCUGCCCACGCUCCCAGCACCUCCUCCUCCGCCCCGCUACACUCCCGGACCGGUGGCUUGUCUCAGCGCUGGCAAUGUCGGCCAGCACGGGACGGCCAAAGUGUCGCCCACUCCGCAAUUGACGCGCUCCAGUCAUCCGAAUUUCAUGUUCGGAUCGACGGACAAGAAUUUCAUGAAUCUCUUGCAUCAUCACGAGAGCGGGGGAAUGUUGGCCGACCAUCACAAAACGGGCACGGCCGAUUUCUGCGCUGCAACUGUCGGCGGAGGCUGUUGCGGCGGCGGGAGCUGGAACAGACAAAGGCACUCGACAGUGGCAGCUGUGCUCAUCGUCGCGUACUUUACUCAUCAUCUCCCAUUGCUGGUAUUGACGACGUUGGGCACGUUUUUCGUCGACAUUCUGCCGGCCGGUUGGCCUUUUUCUGCCCUCAUCUUGGGCUUGUCUCUUUUCUCUGGCCUCCUGUUCAUGGCCGUCCUCGUUUUUAUCGACCCGGUCCUUUACGCCUGGAUGGUCGACUCGCUAAGACCGGCUUCACGACGCAUUGGCGGCGACCGACAUCGUCAUCUAAACCACCACCACCACCAGCACCACCAGCGCUCGCCCGUGACGUCCGAAUCGGCCACUCUGGAACCCAAUCUCAUCGCUCCCAUGAAACUCGACGAUGACACCCGUUACCGGAUGAGCCAGAUUUAUUCACAGGAACCGACUGAAGCCAAAUUCCCUUUGACUAACGGUUCUCUUUUCGUUCACUUGAUGAAUCCUUCGUCGGGCGAUGGCAAACGAGGCAAUCGGCGUCCAUCACGAAUGGGCGUUUCGGCCUACGACCACCGCCCAGCUCAGCAACGAGGAGUUAGUGUUGCUUCAUCGAACGCUGUAAUGGCGGCUCAACAGCCUCACAUUGCCCAAGUCGUUUAUCCCGAAGCCAUUAAGCCGCCCCUUAUGACAUUUAUGAGCCGCGCUAGGAUCCUAUCCAUGACGUCGACCAUCGACUCGUUUAAAAGCCAAACCAAUGCCGACGGCAAUAGCUCAUCAUCGAGGCAACAGCAGCAACAGCAGCAGCAGCAGAUGGAACCGUUCUACAACGACCCAUUGUCGAUUGGCGCUCCGCCUUCGUUCGCCGACGCGGAGGAACAAAUUGCCGAUGCCCCCGUUCAUCACGCACCCGUAACCACACUCUCGAAAUUCAAGAGUCACGAACCGAUUUACGCCUCGCUGUCCGAGACGCUCAGUUCGAGUCACACGCUCGACAGUGUCGAAGGCCCCGCGGCUCUGGACGACGAGUUGCGGGCGCGAGAAAUGGAUGAAGACGACGACGACGACGAGGAAGACGAAGGGUCAGCCACCGAGAGCGCCGGGGAUGAUUUCGAAUUCCACAAUAUAAGGACGUCGCGUCAGACGCUCAUCGCGCCACAAAUGAACACGAACGGCUCUGCAGCAGCCAGCGCCACUCCUGAAGUUGUUUUCGCAUUGGAGGAUUUGAGACCGCGUUCAAGAGUCGCCCGUUCGGCCACUUAUCGCAUCCUGUGCAACGGACUGGACGUCAAAUCAGCCGGCAAACACGACAUCAACAACACGGUAGAAAACGCCGUGCUGGCGGCCACUAGCGAAAGCCAACACGGAAUCGUCACCUGCGUCACCAUUCAGAUCGGUCAAAAGGAGUUGCAGCCGAAGGCAUUUGGAGACUCGUCGUCCAGUUUACGACGUUCCAAAUUGCUGACGUCACUGUCGAUGAACGACAUCGACGUGCUUGGCGAAAGUCAAGAAGACGAACUUUGCGGCAGACUGGAUUGCGGUGACGGAAUCAGUAAAUUUGACGUUUGCCCACCUAUGCGCAGUGACUCGCUCUUUUCGCUGUACGUGGACGCGUCGGAGCCAUCGCAAUCGUCGCCAGAGUCUUCGUUAUCGUCUCCCUUCAAAGAGACGAAUCAGUCGUUGAUGUGCUCGGCUAUUGAAUUGUCCAAUCAGCUGGCAAACUACGAAAGCCAAGCGCGACGACCCGCUCUUCGACAUCACCUACAACAACAACAACAACAACAUCAACAUCCACCACCGCCAAUGGUUAAUUUACGUAAAAAGUCGAGUCAUCGAAGUCGUGCAGCCGUUCUCAAGCGGUUCCAGCAGAGAGAAAUGUCGUGGCCGGGCCAAGUUAACGGUAGCCAUCAAUCGGGCGCACCUCUCAAAACGGGCAGCGUCGUGUCCAUCGCCGCGCUCAAAGCCGCUCUAACCCAAUCGCCCACGUCCCACUACCUGGACAACGGUGAUGUCUACUAUCCUCAACGGCAGCAAGUGCACAAGCAGCAGCAACAACAACAACAACAAUCCAAAACGGUUUUCGUCAGCGAUUACAUUUAAACAAGAUUGUCGUGACGAGUGUAGGAGAGGCCAAGCCAACAACGUGACUGGGUCAUCGAGAGGAAACGACGAAUUUUUGCUAUUCAUUUUUUAUUUUUAUUUUGUUGUUGUUUACGGCACGUCGGCGAAAAGCUUUAACAAUCACCACACACACUCUCUCUCUUCCUAUUUCAACUGGAAAUGUACAAUUCUAGUGAAAUGGCAACCGAUGUAUUUAACGACUAUAUAUAUAUAUAUAUUAUAUAUAUUAUUUGUCUCAUCACUGUAUAGAAUAGUGUGCAACUCGAACGGUUGCAAUUGUAUGUGUACAUUACUUACAUCCCAUAGUGUUUUGUAGGACGUGCUGCGUGGAUUUUCAUUUUUCAUCACACAUUUUCCAAGCUGGUUUUCCCUUUCCAGAUUUCACCGUGCCCUCCUCCGCUCAUGCGAAAAUACGCGGAUGAAAGACUUGUUGUAUAGACUUCCAUUUCGACAUAAACAUACAGGGGACGCAUCAUCAACAAAAAACAAACAAAACAUGAUGAAUCGUGAAGAAGAAGAAGAGGAACAAUUAAAUAAGGGAAAUAAACAUCGGGAAUUUUAAACGAAAUCAUUUACGUGCUCUUUUGGCAUCCAUCAUCAGCUGUCUGUUUCGUCAGUCAGUCAUCCCUCCCAUUUCAUCCGUACUCCCUUGAAUAAGGUGGCUGUGUUUGUUUGAUUUCUACUCGUGUGUUUUUGUACGACAGUGCUAUUAUAUCGUAUUCAUUUGAAGACCCAUGUUUUAUGUAUCUACGUACAGUAUAUACCAAUGUAUAUAUUCGUAUGUUUGUGCGUGUGUGUAUUCAGCAACUAUGCGUUACAAACCAGUCACCUUUUUCAUCAUCAAGCACUUUCUACACACCUUAAAGUUUGCGUUUGUUUUUUUGUUUUUUUUUUUUUUCUUCGUUCUCUCUUUCCACAUUUAUACCAAUCCGGGUUUCUUCUUCGUGUGUAAAUAUUCGAAUUUAUUAUCAAGACAAACAAAGAAAUAACUCGAA